AAUCUCCAUUUCUCUAUAAACACACAAACGACGUGUCAUUUCCUCAACUCCAUCUCUCUUAACUGAAUGAUCGAAAGUUGGUUUCGUUGAGUGAGAGAGUGGAAAAAAUGGGGUGGGCCAUAGCUUUACACGGCGGCGCCGGAGACAUCCCACGCUCUAUGCCGGCGGAGCGUCGCCAGACACGCGAAGUUGCUCUCCGCCACUGCCUUGACAUCGGUGUCAACGCUCUCAAAACCCGACGACACGCCUUGGAUGUUGUCGAACUUGUGGUUCGUGAACUAGAAAACCAUCCAAACUUUAAUGCGGGUAGGGGGUCUGUAUUAACCACCAAAGGUACAGUUGAGAUGGAAGCUUGCAUAAUGGAUGGCAAUACAAAGAGAUGUGGAGCUGUUUCUGGACUCACCACUGUUGUUAAUCCCAUAUCUCUGGCACGACUUGUCAUGGAGAAGACUCCUCAUAUUUAUCUUGCAUUUGAUGGAGCAGAGGAUUUUGCUAGGGAGCAAGGUGUUGAAACUGUAGAUCCAAGUCAUUUUAUUACACCAGAAAAUGUUGAAAGGUUAAAGCAGGCAAAAGAAGCCAAUAGAGUUCAGUUAGAUUAUACACAGCCAAUUCCGAAGGAUGCCAAAAGUGAAACUCCACUUGCGGAUGGUGAUAGCCAAAUUGGAACUGUUGGAUGUGUAGCCGUUGAUAAUGAGGGAAAUUUAGCUUCUGCAACUUCUACGGGUGGAUUUGUUAACAAAAUGGUGGGUAGGAUUGGGGAUACGCCCAUCAUUGGUGCAGGAACAUACGCGAACAACCUCUGUGCAAUUUCUGCUACCGGCAAGGGUGAAGCAAUAAUACGAGCUACUGUUGCGAGGGAUGUUGCUGCUCUUAUGGAAUUUAAAGGUCUCUCUCUGAAGGAAGCAGCAGCUCAUGUUGUGGAGGAGUGCGUUCCAAGAGGCACUGUUGGGUUGGUUGCUGUGUCUUCCACAGGGGAAAUCACCAUGCCUCUCAAUCAUACCACAAGGCAUGUUUCAGCUUGUGCUACUGAAGAGGGGUAUUCAAAUUGGAUAUGGAAUUCUGAGGAAAAUUAA